GAGGACUGAGGAGGAAGAGAGAGUGGGACUAUGGGAGAGGGAGAGAGAUCAAGCCAUGGAGUGAGAGAAAAAGAGAGGGAGAAAUUAGAGAGAAUGAGUGAACAUUGGUUGAGCUAGAACCAAAACCAGAACAAGAAAAAUAAUCAAAUUUAGAAAAUAUUUUUUAAACAAGUGAGUGAGAAACUAGAUGUGUCAUUUCUUUUUGGGGAGGGGGCAUCAAAACUAAACGACAUGUCGUUUACUCCACUAUCGAUUGGAACGACGUCGUAAUAACACAAUAGACAAAACAAAACCUCGACAAAUCCCAAGUCUUUGAAAGUGAAGUAAUCGUAGUUCGUAGAUUCAUCAUUGGUUGGUUGAAGCCGUGGCUUCACUGAUAAUUGAGCGGUCAUGAAGAUUCAUAGGCAGGGAAUGGGUUUGAGGUUAGAUCUGCUCGUGUUUAUGUUUGUUGUUUCAAUCUCCUUUCUUUGUCGGACUGUACUCUCCGAUCUCGUUCUCUCCAAGGUUGACCGACGGGCAGAUUUGAGAUCGCAAAUCGUUCGUGUAAUUUCCACACUCAAGGUGGAGAAUGGAGGGUCCAAUUUGGUUUCGGAGGUUCUGUUGGCUUUCCCUGAUAAACAGGUUAAAUAUUUGGCUUAUUUGGGUGCCACCAGUAAUGGUGGGAAGGGAAAAGCAAAAGAUUUCACUAAUAGUUUACCUGUCCAAGUUGCCCACCCUAAAGACAUGCCUUCAUCCUUAACAUUUUAUUCGGUGACUCUACCAAAGGGACUGGCUAAAGGGGAAAGCUUUACUCUUGAUGUACUGGCUGCUUACACUCAUGCCUUGCAGCCAUUUCCUGAGAAAAUUUCUCAGGCUGAGAUACAGCUCCUAGUCUUCCAAGAUAGCUCAUACUUUCUCUCUCCUUAUGCUGUCAAGUUUCAAUCACUCAGUGUUAAAUUACCUGAUGCUAGAAUUGAAUCGUAUACAAAAUUAGAUAAUACCAAGAUUCAUGGCUCAGAGAUUAAGUAUGGCCCCUAUGAGAAUCUUCCCCCCUUCUCGUACUCUCCUAUUGUUGUUCAUUUCGAGAACAAGCAACCCUUUGCUGUUGCUCGUGAGUUGGUGCGAGAGCUAGAGAUUUCACACUGGGGUAAUGUUCAGGUGACUGAGCAUUACAAUCUUAACCAUGGAGGUGCCCAACUCAAGGGGGAAUUUUCUAGGCUUGAUUACCAAUCCCGACCUCAUGUGAGAGGUGCAUCUGCAUUUAGGCAUCUUGUUGCAAAAUUGCCUCCGAGAACUCGCUCUGUUUAUUAUAGAGAUGAGAUUGGGAAUAUUUCAACUUCUCAUUUAUGGGGUGAUUCCAAAAAGACGGAACUAGAAAUCGAGCCUAGGUAUCCAUUGUUUGGUGGUUGGAGAACUGCUUUUACCAUUGGAUAUGGCUUGCCGCUUCAUGACUUCUUAUUUGAGUCACAGGGAAAACGCUUUCUUAACUUCACUUUCGGUUCCCCCAUUAACGACCUUGUCAUUGAUACUCUCAUUGUGAAGGUUGUUUUACCCGAGGGCUCUGCGGAUAUCUCUGUGUCUACACCAUUUCCUGUAAAACAAUCACAAGAGACAAAGAUCUCCCACUUGGAUAUUGCUGGUAGACCUGUGGUUGUACUGCAAAAAACCAAUGUUGUGCCCGAGCAUAAUCAGUAUUUCCAGGUCUAUUACAAGUUCAACAGUUUUGCCAUGCUUAGGGAACCACUUAUGUUGAUUUCUGGUUUUCUUUUCCUAUUUCUUACCGGUAUUGUGUAUAUACACGCGGACAUGUCAAUCUCAAAGUCAUCUCCUUCUUAUCUAGCUAAACUUCAGUGGGAUGAGGUGCGAGCUGCAGUUCAGCAGGUCCAAAAUAUUAUCAGUCGUUGCAUAACACUUCACGAUAAACUGGAAGCAUCAUUACACGAUCUUGCAAGGACUGGAGAUAUCCAAGCCUGCAAAGCAGCUCGAAAAGCUGCUGAUGGUUCGUUGAAAGAGCUCACAAAAGAACUGAAGCCAUUGUUGGCAUCUCUACAAUCGUCACAGCAAGCUGCUCAAAUAUUGCCCAAGGUCGAGGAUCUGAUUGUCAAGGAGAAAGAUUUACAAGAGAGAUUGUUGGCAAAACACUCAACAGUUGUGGACUGCUAUGAGAAAAAAAUUGGAGGAAAGGAAAUUGAGAACCGGGUUGCUCUACAUCAGCAGAAAAUCAGUGUGUUGUGGCAGGAAGUUGACGAUCUGCUGGACUUUAUCGAUGAGAUAUAAGAAUUCAACGCAGAGAGGACAGUCCCUUACAAUUAAAGAAAAAGUGUGUGUUAACUUGUGACAUCCUCAAAUAUAUCAGAUAGGUUUUCAAAUGGCAAGAACUAAUUUCAGUUUGAGUUUUUAUUAAUGUCUUCAGAGAACUGCUGAGUUUUUUCUAAGCUCUCUUUCUGUUCUCUUUAGGAUUUUAGAAAGAGAAGAAUGCUACUCUGUUGAACAAAACAAUCUAUAAUCUAAUUUAUAUUUUACGAA